CUUGUGACCAACUUUGCAUCAUGUUCACGAGCGUUGCAAGUGUUUACCAUCAAGCUCGGGAAGAGUUGAGAAAGUCUCAGCGUCCUACCAUUGCUGCCUGCCCCUCCGACCAUCCUGUCCCUCUCCCACUGUCAACUGCUGUGGUAUCCCCACCCAUCACCCAGACCCCUCUCCCUAACCCUGCCCUUCGGUCACUGUCUGGUUCCUCCAUGAACUUGGAGCAGGACAUCCUUGAGAUAGACUUGGGAGAUCCCACAAAACCAUGUGCGAUACUUUCCUCCAUGAACUUGGAGCAGGACAUCCUUGAGAUAGACUUGGGAGAUCCCACAAAACCAUGUGCAAUACUUUCCUCCAUGAACUUGGAGCAGGACAUACCUGAGAUAGACUUGGGAAAUCCCACAUCACCAUUUACAGUACAGCCUGUGAAAACAGAAUCCUAUGUCCUGAUUGAUGUGAGCCACCUGGAAGAACCAAGUCAGCCACAGUCAUUUGAGACAGCAUGCUGCUGCAGUGUCUUCAGCUUCAUCAAGGGACUGUUCACUCUGUACUAGAUGGACAUGUGAUGUGGCUUGAACAAUUUGAACAUUUACAAAAUUGUGAAAAUCUAAAGAACACUUUGUGCCUAUUUGGACUAUUUGAAGACUUAGUCUCUCGAAACAAGCAAAAUGAAAUGAUCUAUUGUCAGUAAAUAUUUCCAUCAAUUUGAUUUUGUCAAGGCAUUGUUAUUACAUUUAUAAAAGUUACUGCUUUUUUUU